GCACUGAUGGGUGGCACUGGUGGGCACAGGUGGGUGGCACUGGUGGGCACAGGAGGGUGGCACUGCUGGGCACAGGUGGGUGGGCACAGGUGGGUGGCACUGCUGGGCACAGGUGGGUGCAUUGCUGGGCACAGGUGAGCGCACUGCUGGACACAAGUGGGCGGAACUUGUGUGUGGCACUGCUGGGCACAGAUCAUCAGGGCACUGAUGAUCAGUGAUCCUGAUGAUCGGUGCCGAUCCCCGCUCUGACAACUGCCGGUUUUCGGCAGCACUUUCCUCCCGCUCUGACAGCGUGAGGAAAGUGCAGCCGAGAACCGGCAUUUGCAU